AUGGACAGAACAGACUACCUUCAAAAGGCCAAAAACCUACUGGAGGAUCGCCAGUUUUAUGUCCCGUGUGAAAACAACCCCGUAAAGACGCUGCCAAGCGAAAUUAAUGCGACAAUGUUGGCACUGGAGAACUCGGGUGCAAUAACACCGACCGACCGACGCAUAGCGAGAGCCCAAGAAACGGCCUUGGCCCGAUUCAACGGUCUCUCAAAGGUGCACAAGGAGGGCGCUCCUCUCCGGACCAUCGUAUCGCUCAAAGGCAUUCCAACGUACGGACUGGCAAAAUGGCUGUUUCGACGCCUCAAAUUUCUGACCGCUAAUUCGGACACCACCAACUGUUCGUCAAUACUAUUCCUGGAGAAGCUUAAAGGAGUAAGUCUCUUGCCAGAUGAGGUCAUGGUAUUUUUCGAUGUCACGUCCCUCUUUACUUCUAUCUCCCAGGAGCUGACAAUCGAGACCGACAAGCUACUCCUACGAAGGAAAUACAAUGAAACGGAGAAUCGUCUCUGACUUGCCCAAGUCCUUCAGCUCCUAAAGUUCUGUCUCAGGACCUACUUUACGUUUGACAAGACAAUCUACGACCAAGUGAAGGGAAAACCAAUGGGCUCGCCGAUUUCGGGAUUCAUCGCCAAGGCGGUCCUACAGAGGUUAGAUUCGCUAGUCUUCCAACAGCACAGACCGAAAUUCUGGGCUCGGUAUGUGGACGAUACCUUCGUCGUCAUCGAAAGGGAUCAGGGGGUAACGUUCAAAUAACGUCUCAACAGCGUCUUCCCGGACAUACAAUUUACGACGGAGGAGGAAGCAAAUAGCCAGCUGGCAUUCCUUGAUGUCCUUGAUUGGGGUGGCCUAAAGACCAAAGUGUUCAGAAAAGCGACGAAAACGACGCAAAUACUGGACUUGAACGGUAACCACCCAAUUAGCCACAAACGCAGUUGCGUAAGAACGCCAUAUCGGCGUGCUGAGACGUAUUGCAGUGAACCGGAAGACAAGGUUACCGAAUCCCAAUAUCUUCGACGGGUUUUUUUCGAGAAAAUGGUUACCCGCGCAACUUCAUCACCCGGUGCAAGCGCAAACGAGAUGAGCGAAAAAAUAGUGCCGACCCCAAAUUCUUGCGAGCGAUCCUGUACAUCAAGAACGUCUCCGAGGCCGUUAGUAGCCUUCUUGCAUCACUUGGGGUUGGAGUUGCACACAGAUCAGAGGCCACCAUAAGGCGUCAGGUGAUGAGAUCAAAAGACUCACUGCCACGGCAAAAAAACAUCUGGAGUCCUUUACUGGAUCUGGUGCAGUUGCGGACGAAGCAACUACAUGGGAGAAACCGGAAGACUGCUCCGGACGCGAAUCGACGAUCACGAGGCAGUGGUAUGAAGGAAUGACGCCAACUCUCAGGUCACGGCCCAUUAGACGAGUCCCUGCCACACAUUCAAGUUCGAUGAGGCCGAAAUUCUCGAGAGGGGAUAAUCGCGUGAGCCGAAGGUUGCCUGAAUCAUGGUUCACGCGACAUCAGUCUAUCAACAAGUGCAACGAAAUCCCCACUCCAUAUUCCGUGCUGAGGCAUAGGCUGGCCAAAGCAAUUGACCACUCGGGGAGAGCGCAAGCCGGUGAGCCAGAGGGCCGAGCAAUCAUCAGGCCAGCAUCUAACACGGGUGAUGAGACUUCAGCAAUUAACAGCUUUCAUGACGGUCAUCAAUCAAUUAGCGCACCAGCGGACAACAAUCCUUGAUGAAUGGGGCACGGUUAUUUGCAAUAGGUAUACGGUAGCAUAGCGACUGCAUCCUAUAAAUACUGCAACUUCCUGUGCACGAGUCACCCUUUUCUGCCACUGUCUCUGAUGAUGGAUUUAAAUGAAAAUCUGAAACGUCAGGCGAAUAAACCCCUUGUUCCAGCGACCGCUUCAUCUUCAGUUCAACCCAUUUUCUUCGCCAGCGACGGAGACCCAGCACCGAAGAUCCAAGAACCACUUCCAUGUCUUGACGAACUGUGUUGAGCCACAUUUUGAGUUGACUCCCUCUUCGAUGCCUCCAAUGGGUCAACGGUGUCGAUCUAGGGCAGUAACCGUUAGCACCUGAGGUGGACGAAGAUGAACAUGCCCAAACCACCACAGUCGUCUUUCUUGGGUGGUCUGGGUUAUCUCUUCUAUGUUGUCGCCGCGAGCACAGUCUGUCCAGUUUGAGACGACGUCAGUGUACUUCACUCAUAGGAUGGUCCGCAAGCAAUGCUGGUCAGAUACCUCCAAUUUUCGCUCGUUCGCCACGCGCACAGCCCAGCAUUCACAACCGUAGAGGAAUGCAGGGCUGUACGCGUGAAAUAUGUCCGAUUACAGUAAUUAUGAUUUAGGGUUGAAGAUGAAUGGCUGAUUGAAGACAGAUAAUAAACCAGAUACGUGUACCUCAGUCUCCCUGAACUAUACCACUGACAAUUCUACGCGAAAAUUCGCAUUGUUUUGAGUCCCACGAUAGAUCCCAUACGCGGAGGCUCGCAGAUCGGAGACCAACGAGCGACCCAGUCUCUAACAUUUAACGCUCGAUAGAAUAUCCUCGUUCCACCCUGGGGUCGAAAUGGAUUUCACUAAUGCCACGUUGAUUGGGUGGCGCGGACAUCAGCCAUAGCACACCGCGUCCGGUUUGACAGGUGUACGCGGCAAAGAACCCGGCCUCAUCUGACCCAGAUGUUGGAGACGCGUUAACCAAUGAACUUACUGUGGGUGGCGGGGUUAGGUCGUCAGACCCGUGCACGGACGGACGGACGCACGCAUCUGCGCGUACCCAUGCCCCAAGGGGGUGUCCGCGAGCACGUCUGCAUUUGCAAGCAUACGUUUUAGGCCUCUCAACAAAUGGACUACCGCAUCGCUGAGACGUGGCUCGAUGAAAGGGACAGUCUUCGCCACCAAGGUCAAAGCCCCACCAAGUAGUUGGCCCGUGGUUAAUAGCCCGACUACUACUGGCCGGGUUCUUGCCGAGAUGACCACAGUACACAGCUUUGAGGGUGCCCACCGGAUGGGUCAGAGACCUGGAGCUCUGAGGGUGGCUCCUGAGAGAGCUGUGGCCUCCUGUAGCAUUAUUUCCUAAGCUAUCUUCAACGCCAACGGUCACCCGAUUCCCCAAAGGCAUCUGAGCGUCGGGCAUUUGCAAGCCGGAUUGAUGUGGACGACUAGAGCACUAUGCUGAUGGCCGUUCCUCACGAAGUGUGAACAACUACUUAUAUCUAAACAUUCUUGACUGUUCCUGAAAUGAUAUGUUCACAUCUGCAAUUAUAAAUGGGUAAGACCAUGGAAGACUGAAAAGUUGAAUGACACGUGCCACUGAAACCGUCAAUUCGGGGACCUAGCAACAUCUCAUUACCAGCUAGCAAAUUCUUCCCGGCAUUUUACGGUUCUUUAUACUGAAAAACUUAGACUACUGCUGAGCCUAUAGCCUUCGGUGUUUUUCCUCUGCAUUUAAACGACCCCACGGAACUCCUGUUCAGCCGAGUAGUUCAGGUAGCAUGAGUCUAGUCUGGUCUUCAUUACCUGUUAAGGGCCGUCUCACAGAACCUGCUCUCGCUAUAGUCAUCGGACGACAUAAAACAGUUAAGGCAUACUUUCCUCCAGAGGUGGGAUCUACGCAACUGCUUUACCUUUAUGCAAGUCAGUUUUUCGUGGCCAGUCAACAGUUCUUCUCUGGGAGAAAAAUGGGAGGAGGGGGGAAGAGGAGGGGUAGGAAGGAGGAGGACGCGAAUCUAAGAAAAAUAAUUCCAUCUCUCGUUCCACGUUAUUAAGACGUGAUAACGUAAGAACUAGUAACGGCUAAUGAGAUCCUACUGCUAGUUUUGGAAUUUUUCAAACGACUGACAUGCUAAAAUGAGUUGUGUUUAUUGACUGAAACGCCCAAAGAAAUCUUUUACAAGUCUGUGAAUAGAUCAUGUGGGGCGAAGUUUGGUUCUGCAGCGCCAAACGAAUGACAGUCAAUGGUUUGCUUCCUAAAACAAUACUAGUUAACAUACCUAACUUCGCUACUCCCUGGAUAAGCAAGAGUAAGAGAGCGCAAUCAGAACUCGAAGCACGCGCAGGGAAGCGAGUGAAGGUGGUGUGUACACAUUCCAGCACCACCACUCGCUGAACUGAGUUGAAAAUGAUGACGCAAUCACAACUGAAAGCCAACGGACGGAAGCGCGUAGCAAUUCGUAGUACAUGGUCACUGUUGUGGAAAUGACAGAGUUCCACACAGUCCGAACAACCCCAUUAGAUCAGGAUAGUAAAGAGGGCGGAAGAUGAGCUCGAAGCACGCGCAGGGAAGCGCGUGUGAACGGAUACCUGAAGUAAUCAAGGCUAGCGUAUAAACAAUCAUUCCCCGUGACAAAGUCACUGGCUGGACUAAAACUGUAGGGAUGAUGCAACUACGGGAUAUUUGUAGAGUCCGAGUAUUUGCAUCCACUAAUUUUUUGGAAAGUUAACUAAAUGGUAUCAGUUAGGUGGGGCUGUAAAACCAAACGUCGACUCCUGUGGGACUACAAAUGUGUAAAGGUGGAUCCAGACAAACUACAACCGGGCAGAACUGAUGAGAUUAUGGUUCUGAGGGGGUCGUUCCUUCAUUUCUGGAUUGCUGACUUCAAAGAGGGAAGCAUAGCACGGACGAAUAAAGGCAGCUGUCAUGUGCCACGUAUACAGCUCUUAGUGAGUUGAGAAUAAAUCCACUGGGGACCAGCAUCUAAAGGUCACCUAGGCGUCAUUAGCACGCUCAUGGUGACCAGCCUCACUGUACAGUGGCAGGCCGUCCGCCUGUACCGUCUGUGUGCCUUAUCCUCCCACUAGCUUGCAGCAAAAGACUGGUUUUAACACCCAGUGCCUAGAAGAGAGAUGCAAAAAGCAGGCACAGACAGCAGCACAAUCAUCCGCAGCAACCUACAGUGCAAUAAAAGCAUUUAAGCAAAUAUCAUAAUUUCUCCAUUUGUCAAGACAGUGACUUUUAACCUGUGAUUAUGUUUUAUGAAAUCGACAGAUCUAUUGGCCGAGGUACCCCUGUGAGUAAAAGGCAUUUUAGGCAUUUAAAAGGAAUGUGCAGACAAUAUACAAGACGAGCGACGUACCCCCAUGUUGGCGGGUCCGCGUUGGACGCGGGGUGUUUAAUGAAGGCGGCGAAGUAAGACAGCUCGUCGCUCGUCCAGAAACUUUAGGUGGGAAAACGUAUGAUUAGGCACGCCUCUAGUUUUAACAAGGGAUUUACAGUACGAUACUUCAUUCGAAGUUACCGGAGAGUAGGUUUCGGCUACUUAUCCUGACUGUAGAAGGUGAAACAGAAAACCAGGAUCAUUAGUGACCGCUAUGCAACCGGGUCAGAUGUGGUUAUGUUGCCGCACCUGAGGUACACAAACCACAGCUGCCUGUAAUUCGGGUCCGGUGGUUUUUCAGUUUAUUUGGUAAGAGAUAAUAGGCAAGGUCUUUGAAAACCCUACUGAUGACAUGUCAGCGCAUUAGGUACAACUGUACGCGAACAAUUAAAACUUUCGCUACUAAAACAGCACUUGAUUUAUUUGAGUAGCAUCGCUUCAAAGGAAAAAUUCCCCGGGGGUCGCAGGACAUAUAGCUCACGUUCCGACUGUCGAGGGAAAACAGAGGAUACAAAUAAUCACCCAACCGCUUUGAAGAAAUGCAGAGACGUCGCCUCCACGCCCGACUGAGGGAGGUCGUUCCGUUUCACCAUUACCGUCUGCGUGAAAAAUUUAGAAAAGGGAUUCAGCCUGGACAUUUUUGUCCGUAGCUUCAUCGAGUGACCACGAAGAUUGGGUGUAAGGUGCGAAUGAAACAUUUCCUCAAGGCCAAGUCCAUGGUCAAAGCCAUGUUAUAUCUUGUGGACAAGGAUAAGAUCACCUCUUUGCUGCCUGUAACACAGACGGCAUAAAUUAAGGGAAGUCAGUCUCUCUUUGUAGGAUUGGCUUUUUAAACCGUUCACCAGCCUUGUUGCACGACGUUGUACUCCUUCAAAGCAUGUUUGGUUCAUUACUAGCCAUGGCCACCACGCUUGUAUGCCAUAUUUUAAAUUGGCCCGGACGAAGGUGACGUAAACUCCUCCAAAGCGGUACUUGCCAAAGGUUACGAACGAUAUUUUGAUUGCAUGGAGCACUCCUAUGGCUUUUAUGCAGCCCUGUUGCAACGCAGUGUUGGUUUCAUGUCGUGCUGUAUCCAAACACCGAGAUCUCUCUGUAAAGUUACUGUGGGAAGCCUAAUGUCUUUAAGGUGAUAUUUCCUCAGGUUCUCAGUUGAAUAACAGUUGUUUGGACGCGGAUGAAGGAUGACACACUUCUACACAUUAAAAUCUAGAAGCCAUUUCUCUGACCACAUUUGCAAUCGGUCCAAAUUGUUUUAAAGCGUUCUCCGGUCAUUUGGACUGCUAAUGACUUGCCAGAACUUAACGUCGUCGGCAAGAAUUAUUUUACCUCAGUCGAGUUCCUGAAGGUUGUCAUUUACAUAAAGGAUAAAAAAGUAAAGGGUCCUAGAACUGUGCCUUGAGACACGCAACUAGUCACGUUCAACCAGUCUGACUUAUUAUCUCCGAUACAGACAUGUUGUUUCCGACCAACCACAAACGCCCUUAUCCAAUUCGGAGGAUCUCCACGGAUGCCCAUGGCGCUCAAUUUGCGAAGAAGGCGUUGGUUCUGGACAGUGUCGAAUACUUUGCGGAAAUCGAUGUACACGAAGUCGACUUCAAAACCCUCCUCUAAAGCCCUAGUCCAGAUCUUCAGACAAGACAGUAGAUUUGAGAGGCAGGAACGUCCUAUCCGGAAAACAUGUUGAAAAUCCUGCAAGAUGCUAUUUUCUUCACAAAAUUUCGGUAUAACACUCUUUACUAGAGUUCCCAUCGUUUUACAUGAGGCCAGUUAAGCUUAUGGGCCUGAAGCUGCUUACUGCAUCCUGCUACCUCCCUCGUGUAUGGGAACGAGGUUAGCUGCUUUCCACUGUGAGGGCAGCCUUCCUGUUUUCAUUGACAGCUCAAAGAGAGUCAAAAGUAGCUUUGACAGUUCUGUUGAUAGCUCCUUAAAUAUCAGCCUAGGAAUCCCGUCGGGUCCAGGAGAAGUAUCUGGUUUUAUUUAACUGAGGAAACGUCUUUCUUCUACGACGGAAAAGGCAACGGUUUAAAUGACGGCAGUAUCUUGGCGCAUUUGAAGUUCCCGUUCGUCUUGGCCCAUUUUAAACUCCCGAUUGUCUUCAAGCGACCCCUCCGUAAAAACCGAUUGAAAAAAGUAAGAUAGUAGUUGCACUUUCUGUGGCCCUUCAACUAAAAAGUAUCCAAGGCCACCAUUUAGACGUGCGAUUUCGGCCUAUGUUGUCUCCUGCUGUGGAUGUACACAUAAAACUUCUUCGGACAUGAAAUGAAUUCUGCUAUCAGUCGGCACUCGAAAGAAGUUCUAGCAAACCUUAUUUAUUUGCGGCAUCCAUUGAUAAUAGGCAUUUAUACAGGCGGGGCCGGGGAGCACACAGGCGACGAGGUCCAGUAUUUAUAUACAACAGGAAGGCUACUGCGAAUGAGCGGUUGCACUUUGAGCAGUUGAGAAAUUGGUGUCCUAACCCCUAACCCCAACCCCUGACCCCUAAAAUUACUGUAUCCAUCAGUUGCGGCUACAUAACCACAUCUUACCCACAACCGCCUGCGAGUGGGCUCUAAAUUGAGCUCCAACAACACCAAUGAGGGACUCCAAGGAGCUGCAUGAGCACCAAUCGGACCAGGUAGAAAUAAAGAAUGGUAAAAAAAUAGUGUUUACACCAAAGAGACCGUCGGGAAUUGCAAGUCACUUAUUAUCAGACAUUUUUUAAAAUUUUAUCGAGCACAUAUGCUGUUCGUUGCUUAAGUACUUAUUUCCUGCUCUCUGCCUCUGUCCACCUAUAUUACGGACUUGCUCGGUCCCCAAAGCAAAGGUCCAAAACCUGUAUAUGUUAUAUCAUUUGUACAUUUCCCAUGAACUCACCAAGUAUUCUUUUUGGGAGUGAACCGACAGCAAAGUCAUGAACUAGUGCGACCGCUCGUGUCUGCCCGCGUCGGCGAUGUUCCAUUUGACGCAGUUAAUGUCUUCGUCAUACUCAUCGCAGGUUAUGGCUCAAAAGACGACUCGCAUCUCACUAGCGCAAUUGCAGGGGAUUAUGUCAGCGUUGGGCUUCCAGAGUUUCUGGCCCACAUACUAAUUUGGGGUUGGUUGUCACUUUGCGGCCUCCCGUCAAACCACGAUACUUGUGGCAACAGAACUGUUUCCAACUAUACAUUCACGCGGUUGUCACCCCUUGCGGGAAUUUCUGCCUCGUCAAAUUUGAAUGUGUGGCGGAACUCGUCGAACGAGCCGCAACUUGAGAGUUAACGUCAUUUCUCCACAGCGCUGCAGCGUAUUCGGCCAUUCUCGUUCGGAGCUGUCUUCGGACUCACACCGGGAUCUACUUGAAUUAUGGUUUACUGGCCCCCAGUCCGUCAGCAAGUGCAAUGACCUUCCCCUUCCAUACUCGGUGCUGAGACUCCGCCUAGGCGGACUAAUUAGCCACGCAUGGAGCGCACAGGUGAACACUUUUCCCAACACCAGGGUCGGUGCGUCAGAUGGUCGAGCAAUCAUCACACCAACAUCCAACGCACGUGAUGAAAUUGCAGCAAUUAGGGACGCGAAUGUCGGCCAUCGAACAGUUCGCACACCAAGUGCGACUAUGACGGAUGAAGGGGGGAGCCGUGAAUGUUCAUACAUAUGCGGUAGUAUGGCGACUGCAUCCUACAAAUACUGCAACCCCUUGUGCAUGAAGCACCCGUAUCGGCUGUUGUCUUUGAUGAUGGGUUCGAGCAGGAAUCCGAAACGUCAGACUAAUAUAGCUCAUGUCCCAGCGAUCGUGCCUCCUUCAAGACUACUUCCUGGGACUCGACUCUUCGCUUCUAUUGACUUGCAGAAUCAGAGUAUCAGACUGCGAAACGUGUGCACACUCAUCCACUUCGCCUCUGACGUCCCAGGAAGUCGGUCUGACACUCCUAGGUCACAUAUAAUAUUCCGUCCGUCAUAACGGUAUUGCAUUUCAGUGUCUCAUAUCCACAUCCCGCUUACUACCGCCAUUCUGAAUAUCCCUGUGGUUUUUAGUUGACAACGGAGAUUAGAACAAACGUUUAUGACGAUGCUGAUCUUCAAACUGACCAACGCGAUUUUAUUGCGAAAACCGUAUGGGUUGCGUUAUUUGUUGCACGGCUGCCGAGAACAGCCUCGUUGGACAGGGACGCAGCGGACUAUUGGAGUUGCGACCACCAAAAACAACCGAUGGGGUUACGAUCGUCAGCAACGGGAUGUUGGAACCUCGUUCGCUUUUUUAAUGCAUCCCUUCAUAAAGGGAAAAAUAACAUGGCUGGAUGCAGGCAGAUGUCGCGUGCAACGUAUAAAACUUCUAGCAAGUUGCAAAUGAAUGAUUCGCCAAACGUCAACACCAAAAACACACUUAUGGCCUCAUUAUCACGCUGAGAGCCAGUCGACAGGUUCCAUGCCGAAACCGCUGUACGUCCUCUACCACUCUAGCACAGGACAGGUCCUAACCCUCAAUGCUUAGAAAAGUGCGUAAAAGACACGGCAACACAACGACAUGGGCACCCGCAGUUGUUUGGCGUGGGGAUAAAAGGAAAUCUUCUGGACUGGAUCCAAGAUUUCUUAAACACUCGAAGACAAAAUUCGCUGCGGGUGGCUACUGCUCAAAAUGGGCACCUGUUAGAAGUGCAGUCCCACAGGGGUCAGUUCUUGAGCGGCUCCUACUCAUUAUCUAUGUAACUGAUCUUGUUCGAGAUAUUUAAUCAAACGAAGCGCACAUUGCAGACGAUCUUAAACUUUCAGAACUGUCUUCCGGUUUUUCUGACGUAGUUGCCUUGUCCGCAACUGCACCAGAUCCGAUAAACGACUCCAGAUGUUUCUAGCCGUGGCAGGGGGUCUUUCGGUUUCAUGACCAGACGCCUGAUGGUUGCCUCCGGUCUGUGUGCCACUCCAACCCCGGCGAUCGUGUCUCUUUCUUCAAGACUACUUCCUGGGACUCGUCUCUUCGCUUCUAUUGGCGAUGCUCUAACUGUUCCUCUCCACGCGUGACGAUCCGCGGCAGCAGAUCUGGACAGUUUAACUAAUUCUCUUCGCCAACGACAGAGACCCAGUAUAGAAGGUCCAAGAACCACCUUCAUGCCUUGAGGAACUGUGUCGAGCCAUAUUUUGAGUUGACGCCCUCUUCGAUGACUCCAAUGGGGCAAUGGUGUCAGAUCUAGGGCAGUAACCGUGAGCUCCUCAGGUGGACGACGAUGGACAUGUCCAAACCGCCUCAGUCGUCUUUCUUGGGUGGUCUGGGUUAUCCUUGCUAUGUUGUCGCAGCGAGCUCGGACUGUCUAAUUUGACACGAAAUCAGUGUACUUCAAUCGAAGGAUGAUCCUCAAGCGGUGGUGCUCUAUAACCCCCAGUUUCCGCUCGUCCUCCACGCGCACAGCCCAGUAUCCACAACCGUAGAGAAGGAGUGCAGGGCUUGACGCGUGAAAUAUGUCCUACAACAGUAAUUAUGACUUAGGGUUGAACAUGAAUGGCUGAUUGAAGACGGCCAAUAUACCAGAUUCGGGCAUCUCAGCCUCCCACAACUACGUCAGUUCUUGCUCUCUGCGAAAAUUCGCAUUGCUUCGGAGUUUCACGAUAGAUUCCACGCGCGGACGCUCGCAGAUGGGAGACCAACGGGCGACCCAGUCGCUAACUCCUAAAGCUCGUUUCACCCUGGCGUCCUCGUGGAUCCCCUAAUGCCACUCGCAUGUGACUUUGAAUGUUCUCGAUGGCAGUCGAAAGGCGUGGGCUCUCAAUUAUUGGAGUGUUUAAUUUGGUACUCAGUAGUCCUCAUGACGUCAAGCUCGCUGACGAAAGCAAGCAGAUAAAUGAUCACGCAAGACACCUCAGUCAGUUUCGCCAACAUUUCUCAAGGUCCAAUUAUUUUGAUAAAUUUCAGCAGGCUUCUCACAGGGAAAAUGUUGCUAUGCCGGCCAGACACUUCCAAGGUCUUACGCCGUCACACAUAGUCGAAAGACACCUAUCAUGCCUCGGAGACAGGCCAAAGGCGGCGUACUAAUUCAUUCAGAGGUCAACUGCAUCCCAAAUGACCGAACAUCACUGAGAUUCUUAAAGGCAGGGCGAUGCUAAGAUCGAAGCGGUGGGAGCACUUCUGCAUCAAAAUAUGAACAGCCAAGCGUAUGCAGAGGACACGCUGCAAGAUAUUUCCUAAACGACUUUACUCGGUUGCUCAUGCAUUUAAGUACAAUCCCGAGCUGAUGAGGAGGGUUGACCUGCCCGAUGCGCAGAACAUAGGUAAUACGCCGAGCAACGUGAACUUCAAAUGUUUGCUUGAACUUCCACACGAGGCAUUCCCCAUGACUUUAGAAGGGACUCCAACUCGUCACUCCUAUGCCAUACGCACGACAUUAUGAUUGACCUACCGGAAAAAAGGCAGUAAUUAGAGAGUAACCUCGCGGCAAGUCAUGGUCAAGGCCCUGUGAAAGACUUCCGUAUUCGAUCGCAGACAAGCUACGCGAGUCAAAACCUUAUCGAGUAGUGGAGACGCACCUGCGACGAAGUUGAGUGGGUGGUGCGGACAUUUGCCCUCAAAACGGGCCACGUGUUAGAUGCGCUGGACCAACACGGGGGCCACACCGGACUCUGGCAGGCGUUAUCUGUGCGCAAUAACAAAUGCCAACAUUUGCGGGGUGCGCUGGCGGACCCUGUUGUCGGCAUUCGUCGCACAACUGGCCCACUGCCACCACCCCACUGUUUUGUGGUCAAAAUCCUGGUCAUUUGUGUGUGGACCAGGGGGUGUGGUGGAACGCCUAGGUGAGGAUCCGUCCGAGCCAUCCACCUGCGACCUCCCCCGUCUCCGGUCUUCUUGACUCUGUCUUGACACUGGGCCCAGGCGGGGGAGGAGGAGGAGAGAGUGUAGAUAGAUGCUACGCAAGUCUACUGGCACUAUAAACCCCUGCGUAAAUCACCGUCCCUGCUCCCACAAUGCAGUCUGAGGGGCACACGGUGUUCAUCGUCGAAAUCGACGGACGAACUGUCGGUGCGGACAUCGGCCCUAGCACACUGCGUCAGUUCGAUAAGUGUAGGCGGUAAGGGACGCGGCCUCGGCAGACACAGAUGUGGAAGACCCGUUAGCCGCCAAGCUUUAUGUGGUUGGAAUAGUUAGGUCUUCAGACCCCAGGUCGGACGGACGCACUCAUCUGCGCAUGCCCGUACCCCGUCCCUAGGGUGUGUCCGCGCGCGCCAGCAUUUUCAUGCAUGUCUUUUAUCCCCCUCUACAAAUGGACAACCGCAUCGUUAAGACGUCGACCGAUGAGGGGGCAGCCUUUACCAAGCCCCACCAGGUGGUUGGACAGUCGGGGUACUGGCCGGGUACUAACCGACACAACCGUAGUACAUGGCUUAUAGUGUACUCGCUUGAUGGAGUCACAUAAUUUCCGGACAUUCUGUAGGUAAAGCAUGGAAGCCUAGAGCUCUGAGCGUGUCGCUGCAGAAAGCUGAGGCCUUUGGUAGCAUUAUUCCAUAAGCCAUCUUCAAUGCCAAUGGUGACCCGAUUCCCCAGUGGCGUCUGAACAUCAGGCAUUUGCAAGCCAGAUUGAGGACGAUUAAAACACUGUACACUAGGCCGUCUCACGGAAUGUGAAUAGCUACUUGAAUCUAAAUAUUUUGCCCUUUUCUUAUAUUAAUGCGGUCAAAUGUACAAUUGAGGACCAGUGAAAACGUGGAAGGCUGAAAAAUUGAAUGACGCGUGCAGUCGAAACCGUCAUGUCAGGAAGUUAUCAGCAUCUUACUACCAGCUGGUAUUUUUUCUAAGUUUGGACGGUCACCUUUUUCUUCGGUGGUUCUAUGAACUGAAGCCUUCACUGCUGCUGAGGCUACAGUCUUAAAUUUUUUACCUCUGCAUUAAGCGGACUUCACGGAACUCCUGCUCAGUCGAGUUCAGGUAUCAAUAGUCUAGACUGAUCUUCACCUUCUUUUAGGAGCGGUCGCACAGAGCCUGUCAUCGCUAUAGUCAUCGGACGAAAUAAAACAGUUGAAGCAUACAUUCUGCAAAAGGUUGGCUCUGCGCAACUGCUUAAGAUUCAUAGGGAUGAUGUUUUUGAAGCCAGUCAACAACUCGCCUAGGGAAGAAAAAUGAAAUAGGACGGAGGGAGGGAGGAGGAGGACGCGAAUCCGAUAGUCAUCUCACCUAUCGAUCCACGUUACCAAGACAAGAUAAUGCAAGAUAAAGUAACACUUAAAAACCCUUACUGCCUGUUUCGGAAGCUUUCGAGCGACUGACAUGCUUAAAUGAGUUGUGUUUAUUGACUGGAACGCCUGACGGAAUGUCUUACAUGUCUGUGAUCUAAUCAUAUGGGUCGGCAGGCGUGGACAGGUGGAUCAAGACAAAUUACAACCGGGCAGAACUGAUGCGGUCAUGUUUCUGAAAGGGUCAUUACUUGAUUUCUGUAUUGCUGACUUCACAGAGCAAAACACAGCAUGGUCGAAUACAGGCAGCUGUCAUGUGCCACGUAUACAGUUCUUAGUGAGUUGAGAAUAAAUCCAUCGGAGACCAGCAUCUAAAAGUCACCAAGGCGUCAUUAGCACGCCCAUGGUGGCCUGCACGACAACGUUGCAGUGGCAGGCUGUCCUUAUGUGCCGGAACCACUGCGUGCCUUAUCCUCCGCCAGUACGCAGCAAAAGACUGGUUUUAGCACUCAAGGCCUGGAAAGGAGAUGUCGAAAGCACCCACAGACCACAGAUCGAAUACAACGACUUGCAGUGCAACAAACCACUAAAGCAACUCUCGGGAUUUCCCUACGCGUGAACACAGUGACUUUCAUCAAUAGUAGUGAAAAUGCGAUUCCCAGAUGACAUAUCAAAAGAAGAGGGGGCGUUCAACAGGAGGGGUUUAUUUGAGGUCGACGUUUCGAGAAAUUGGCAGGAUCCCUGUUGGUAGCCUUCCCGGCUAAUUGCUCUACACAUUGCUUACAAAAAAUUCGCGUCUAGCACACUUCUGCUUCAGUUUCUAACAUACAUGUGACCAUAGUGUCAAUAAAUUAUUAUUUUCGGAAAAUCAGGAACGCCCAACCAAAUCCGGAGCUAGGAUGCAUUCAUCCCGCAGACCGUACUCAGUAUCCACGUUUGUUUUUAUAUCUUUCUUUCAUUUUUCGCCAUAUUUAAUUUUGGCUACGACUUUAGCAGGGGCAUCAAUUCGGGGCAUACACUAUAAACAUCAUUGACGCCUGCACACAAGUGCCCCACCCAAAUAUCCCCCAUUACCACCGGUCCCAUGAGAUAGGGAGCCGGACGAUUUCAGUACUGGGAGUGCUACCAACAGGGAGCCUACCGAGUAGUUUAUUCGUCUACCCAUCUUCAGAGACUGGGAAGUUCCGUACACAGCUCCUCUUAUAAUGGCGCCCUUUGUUCAAUGCGUGAUCCGCCAAUGCCGCCUGUGCGGCUGCAUCCAACCCGCAUGUCACAGUGACCUGAAUCGCUCUUGUCGGCCGCGGACAUGACUGACGGCCCCGAUUGUCCCGCGCCGUGACUGUCCCCCGCUAAGAAGGUUCGUAGAGUCAGAUAGGGGGGAGGCGAAUUGAUGUUGCGGUCGACAGAGCGGUCGAUGGACAUCCAGGCUUCUUGCACUUGCCUUGCUGUGUGAUCGCCGCCCCGGCCCACAAUCUCAACGACGUCAAAGUUGAAGGUAUGUCCCAUUUGCGCGGCAUGGGGUGCUACCUCCGACUUUGGGUCCAAACUUCGCAAGGCCAACUUAUGCUCUUGCAUUUGCGUUUGCAGCCUUCGGCCGGUUUUCCCAACGUAGUUUCACCUUCCGCAGCUGCGUUGAAGUCGGUAGACAACGGCCGUGAUCUCCUGCUUAGGGAUCUGAUCUUUUGGCCGCAUCACUUGCAGGCGGAUUGUUGAGUCAGGCCUGUGGGCAACACCUAUUCCAAGUGGCGCGAGUGAUCGAGUCACGGCUUCGGAGACCCCUUUUAUAUACGGAAUGCUCCGCCACGAGUUUGACUGACUAUGCUCUUCGUUCCGUUUCUUUGGCUGCCUUCGGCUCCGUUCAUUGGAUGUCCGCGGAUAGCCUUUAGCUCUAAAGAGUUCACGGAGGAGCUUUAUCUCGUCCAGUUUGGCGCCUGGCGUGCUGCAAUGAGUUUCCCCCCGUCGGAACAGCGUGCGGACACAGCUUCGUUUGUGUUGUAGCGUGUGGUUGCUGUUGUAGCUGAGCAUUUGCAGCGUGUUCAUCGGUUUUCUGUAGACCAACGUCGCUAGUUCGCCAUUUGGUUGGCGGCAGACGAGAACAUCCAAGAAUGGAAGUUUGUCCCCUACUUCCUCUUCCAUCGUGAACUGUAGAUCGGGAAUGAUUGAGUUCAGUACUUCCGCAUAGUAGUUGAUUUUAUCCUAGUUGAUGAUUACAAAGGUGUCACCAACGUAGCGUGCCUAAAACUUGGGUUUGUACACCUCGAAUAGUCGUCUCUCGAGUUUUCGUAGAACCGCCUCGACAAUGAGGCCGGAGAUUGGUGAACUCAUUGGAGUGUCCUUGAUCUGCUCGUAUGUUCUCCCUCCGAAGGUUAAAAAAUGUCUUGAGAGAGUGCCCCAUGAGUUCCAUGAGAUCCUGGGCUGUGGGCUGGCCAUCGCCCUCGUCGUAAUUUUGACGUAGCAGGUCACUGAGCGUUUCGACCGCAAGGUCCUGUGGUAUGGACGUGAAGAGUGAGACGACGUCAAAAGACAUCAUCCUUUCAUUCGGUUCGAUCGUGACUGCGCUUAUUUUGUCAAGGAAGUGUUCUGCUGGGUGAACCGUUGUUUGUGAGCCUGCAGUUAGGAAUCUUAGCUUCUGAAAUAGCCAGCUUGCAAGCCCAUAUGUGGGUGUGCCUCUGAGUGAGACGAUAGGACGGAGGAGAACAUCUGGCUUGUGUACUUUUGGGAGACCGUAGAAUCUCGCCAUAGUGGUUUCUGCGGGCUUUGCCAUAUACCAGUCUUUGACGGUGAUAAUCUUGUUCUUUUUUAGUUGAGCCAGAAUUCUGUUAAACUUUGCCUUUAGGGACUUUAGACUGGUGACGUCGCUGACUUUAUAGGACCCCCGAUCGUUGAGGAGCAGGAGGGCUAUGUGCCGGUAGUCUACCUUGUCGAGGAUAACGGUUGACCGGCUCCGUCAGCAGGCAGAAUAACUAUUUCGGUGUCCGCUUUCAGCUCCCUUAGGGCCUUUCGUUCACAUCUUAGCAGGGGAUGGGUUCUCCAGUGCGACAUGAGAAGUGAGGAGACUUGAUGUCGAAGGAGGUCCUUUGCCUAGUCUGUGGCGCCGGUUUGGCGAUGCACUGAUUCGAAAGAAGCAAUGAAGGCGACCGAGUCGGCGUCAGUUGUGUUAGAACCAGAUCCACGUUGUAGAACUUUUGUUUCGGUCACAGUAAGUUGUUUUGACGAGAGGUUAUGUACUAUGGUUUGUUCGGUUUCCUGGGCUUGUGCGGUCUGCGGUGCCUUGAACUUUACCGAUAAAUCCGCAUCUCUGUUAGCACGUUUCUUUCGUUCCAAUGCUAGCAAUGUGUUCUCCAAUGUGGCGGCAGUCGAUUCACCACACCGGCGUGUAACAAGCAUCCGGAAGUUUUCAGCACUGUGUGCGUAUUUCUUUAGUCGCAGGUACCAAUCUUGUAUGAGUACCCUUGUCAUUCGCUAACUAUGGCGAACAUCGUUUGUUUAGCCAAUUUCGUGUUGACUGGAGAGUUGUAGGAGAGGUAUUUUGGCAUAACAGUUGGCAAGGCAUCUGUGAAGGAAAUGGAGCUGUGCAUAGGUCGAGGCCUGUCGAAGGACAAUUUUUUCCCAACAAGGAGCCAGUUGAAGCGCUUCGCGCCCGUAAUUCACAUCAAUAAUAGUGAAAAUGCGAUUCCCAGAUGGCAUAUGAAAAGAAGAGGGGACGCGUUCACCGCGAAUGCACGAGCAUAAGUUGGCCGUGCGAAGGUUGGACCCAAAGUCGGAGGUAGCACCCCAUGCCGCGCAAAUGGGACAUACCUUCAACUUUGACGUCGUUGAGAUUGUGGGCCGGGGCGGCGAUCACACAGCAAGGCAAGUGCAAGAAGCCUGGAUGUCCAUCGACCGCUCUGUCGACCGCAACAUCAAUUCGCCUCCCCCCUAUCUGACUCUACGAACCUUCUUAGCGGGGGACAGUCACGGCGCGGGACAAUCGGGGCCGUCAGUCAUGUCCGCGGCCGACAAGAGCGAUUCAGGUCACUGUGACAUGCGGGUUGGAUGCAGCCGCACAGGCGGCAUUGGCGGAUCACGCAUUGAACAAAGGGCGCCAUUAUAAGAGGAGCUGUGUACAGAACUUCCCAGUCUCUGAAGAUGGGAAGACGAAUAAACUACUCGAAACGCCGGACCUCAAAUAAACCCCUCCCGCUGAACGCCGCCUCUUCUUUUGACAGUGACUUUCAAUCUGUGAUUGCAUACCUGGGCGGGCUUUUGAAUUUGAGCCGCCAUUUUUGUAGCUCUCCAUUCGCGUGUGGAUUUUUACUUAUUGUAAAUUAUUGUGCCUUUUCUCUUCGAUAUAUUGAAUUGUUUUGCAUCCUUUGUUUGUCUGAGCUAAGAUUAUGAGGUCGUCUCUACAGUACGCUAGCACCCUUUUGAACGGAAUUAAAUUGUCAAUUUCACUUACGAACGACCAUGAUGCAAACUGUUGUACUUUACGACCAAUAUGUCGUAUUUGUGAUCGUUCUGUGUUGACUUUAUCAAAUAUUCGUCAACAACGGCCUAUGCAUCGGAGAAAACACCGUUGUAGCUGGCAAUUCGCAUUCAAACGUCAGCCGAAUCACAAAUUGUCAAUUCCUGCCUUCUUGUCGACAAACUGUCGUUCUAUUUUCAACAAAACCCAUGAUUUGGAGCUACUUUUGUCGAAAAAAGAACACAGCAAAACUGAAGUUGUUUGCCUUCAAGAGACGUGGCUUAAUAGUGACAUUGAUUCUCAGCUUAUUACUCCCCCAUCCUUUUACUGCUUUCGAACAGAUAGAAAAUCUUUAUCUUGUGGCAGAGGUGGGGGCGUUGCCAUUUUUGUUAAUCAAAAUUGGUGUAGAGACUGUAAGUCCCUUUUUUCUUACUCUGAUGAUUUAAUAGAUGUAAUCGCUGUUUUAUGUAAGCCCCGUUUGUUAAGUAAUUUUAAAGGCAUCAUAUUUGUUAGUAUUUACAUUCCCCCCUCUUCCUGUGAAGGCGCAUUAACCCGUUUUUUCGACUUCCUCUCACAAAACUUGCUAUAUUAUCCUGCGACUAUCUUACUCUCUUAUGCGGUGAUUUUAAUCGCGUGAAUUUACGUCCCCUUACACUUUUAGGUUUCGAUGAUCUUGUCUCCUUUAAUACUCGCGCAGAUGCCCCUCUUGAUUAUAUUCUGACUAACCAUAGCAAGCUUUUUUGCGUAAAAAACAGGGCUCCAUUGUCAGGUUCUGACCAUUCCACUUUAUUGUGCCUUCCAAAAAUCUAUUCCACUUCAAAACGUGCACUGCUUGCCAAGCCUGAGAGAAAGGUUAAGGUUCGUAACACGUCCGCCCAAAACAUUCUCAUGCUUCAGACUUGCAUUUCUCUUACUAUCCCCACUUUCCUUGAAAAUUCUAAUGUUUAAUCCUGUUCUUCCAACCUGACAGCGUUUUUAAAGGAAAUUUUCGAUAUUUGCUGCCCUUUUGAUACUGUUAUGGUACGACCGGAUAGAAUUUCUUCCCCCUAUCUGAAAUCGUUAAGACGUAAAAAAGAACUCCUUUACAAGCUAGGCUUACGUGAUAACCUUAAGGACGUUACCGUCUUAAUAAAAACAGAGAUUGACUGACUAAAUAGCCUGUUUGUCAGCCAACUUUUUUCCUCUUCUUACUCCCCCCCUUUCCCCCCUUCCUCAGCUGAGAUUUGGAAAAAUCUUAAGCGUCUCACUUGUCAUCGCAACACGCUGGUGCAUGUGGAUGCAGAUUUAGACUCCCUAAAUAAAAAUUUUAUAUUUAGUCACAAUGACUCCCAUCUUCCCUUAGAAGACAUUCCCCUAUCACCGAGUACAUUCCAACCCAUGUCUUUGGCAAUAGUAGAGAAACACCUUAAAAAGGUCCGUGGAUCAACAGCUGCCGGACCGGAUGGUGUCUCGCCUUUUCUUCUUAAAUCUUGCAGUUCUCAGAUAGCCCCUAUUUUAACGCACCUAAUCAAUAUGUCUUUCAUGGUGUCCAAGAUUCCCGACGCCUGGCGUACAGUGAGAAUCACUCCCAUCCCUAAAAAGCCUGCUAAAUUUGGUCCUAAAUCUUUUCGCCCAAUUGCCUGCUCCUCUGCAAUACUAAAGCUUGCUGAAAGAAUUGCCAUAGAUAUCAUAAAGCCUUUUUCUUCCAGUUUUUCCGACCCCUUACAAUUUGCAUACAAAGCUAAACGGAGUACUUUAGAUGCUGUCGCUCUUGUGGUCCACUCUGCUCUAAAAGAAUUAGACAAGGGUUGCCGCGAGUAUGCGUGCGCUUUUCUUGAUUACUCCUCCGCCUUCAAUACCGUCCCGCGUCCUCUUCUCCUUUCCAAAACCUCCGCAUGUGGCUCUCCAGGCUGGGUCGUCUCUUGGCUGAGCGAUUAUUUUAGCUUCCGCACCCAAUUUGUCCAAUCUGGCAAGCGAAAAUCUUCGACCCUUCCCAAUGACUGCGGUGUUCUUCAAGGUUCCAUUCUAUCCCCUCACCUUUUCUCCCUCCACACUGAUGAUCUCAGGUCCCCUAAUGACUGUCUUCUGGUCAAGUAUGCUGACGAUGUGGUUGUUGGACACCCUCUCAAAAGUCAGACACACCUCCGGUCUCUAAAGGAUGGCCUAAACCAUUUCCUAGCGUGGUCGGAGGAAAAUGGUCUCCUAAUUAACAACCAAAAAUCCGUUCAGUGUAUUUUUCGACUGCGGCCCUCUCCUAACCCUGAUUCCUCUGACAUUCUUCCUAAUGAGGUAUCCUCUUUCAGGUAUCUCGGCGUUACUUUGUCCUCAAAUCUUUCUUUUUCCCUCCAUAUUGAGUCCCUAUUUAUUAAAGUUCGUAAACUCCUUUACUACAUUCGUCGUUUGCGUUCCUACUACACACCUCAACCCUUAGUCUGGCGAUUCAUUGAUGCCUGCAUUCUUCCUCUUAUCCUAUACUGUUCUCCUGUCGUUUUUCCUGCUUUGUUAAAAAAGGAUCUUUUAAUUUUGAAACGAAUCCUCCGCAUGCUCUCUUCUGCUGCUGGCGUUUCUUAUAUUUUUUUAGUUGACACAAUCUUACAACGACACUUCAAUGCGGUCAAGCAAUUUGCUGGUCGGAUUCUAGAUGACGUUGCCCAUCCCCUAAAUUCCGAUCUUAUGGCUGCCAAGUCUUCCCGCCCGAUGCGCCGCAACUUCCGCCUUAUACCCUGUCGCACAUCGGCUUAUCGAGCCUCUGUAUUACCAUUCCUAGCGCGCUAUCUUACGUGCGAAGAGACAGAAAUACAGAAGCUCAGACUUGAACUAUCCCCAUAAUAAUCUUUUCUUUGACUGUUGAAUAAUCUCUUAACUUAUUUACUACCCACAGUGAAUGGAGCCCAUUUUUUGCUGAAAAUUUUGAACUUACGAUUUCAAAAUAAAGCGCAUUUCCUCCUCCUCCUCCUCCUCCUCCUCCUCCUCCGUAUAAGAUUGACAGAUCUAUCGGUGAAGUUGCCUUGUGGGUAAAAGGCAUUUUAGGUCUUUUAGGCAAUCAAAAGGAAUGCUCAAAUAAAAUACAAGGCGGAUAACGUACCCCGAUGCUGUUGGGUCGGAAUUGGACGCGUGGUGUUGAGUGAAGGCCGUGAAUUUAGCGUUCACGUCGCUCCUCCAGGAACUUAAGGUGGGAAGGCGUAUGAUAAACAUGCAUGAGUUGUCGAUUAAGAAAACGCCUAUAGUUUGAACAAGGGAUUUACAAUAAGAUACUUAAUUCGAAGUUACCGGAGACUUGUUUUCGGUCACUUACCCUGACUGCGGCAGUUGGUAUAGGCAUUUCAGAUCACAAACGGUCGCUAUGCAUCUGACUGAAUUAAGCUCCAAGAAGCACUAAUGAGGAGCUCAAAGGUGCUCCAUGGGCAUCAACCCAACCAAAUGGGAGUAACUAAAGGUAAUAAAGUUGAAUGAUUUCAAUAAAGUGACCGUCGGGAAACGCAAACCCUUUGCUGUCAGAAAUUUUAAAAAUAUUAUCGAGCACAAUUGCUGUCCGUUACCAAAUUAUUUAUUUCCUGCUCUGGGCCCCUGUCCACCUAUAAUAUUAUUGACUUGCUCGGUCCCGAAUCAGACGACCAAACUUGCGUAUGUCAUAUCAUCUGCCCAUUUGCCAAGAACCCACUUAGCCUUUUUUUGGAGUGAAUCGACAGCAGGGGCCUGAAGUGGUGUGACCGCUCGUGUUUGUCCGUUACUUUUAGCGUAGUUCAUACCUUCGUCAUACCCAUUCCUAAAGACGGCCAAGUUGUCAGUGGACCAGUCGGUGAUAUUUGGAAAUGCCUUAUAAAGAUGAAUACGUCUGAAAGUCUUGUUCAAGCACAGAGACGAUAUAUGUGGGCACACAGCAACCAUCCGCUACAAAGGGAUUACUAUCGCAGGCGUACGUAUCAAUUUUCGUCUGGGUACGCGAUUAAAGAGGUUCACGUCAACUUAAGUGGCAUAUGUUUGUGACACCUGAAUGAUUUCUAACUUAACAAUUUCAUUUAUCACGACCACUGAAUACAGACCUUUUUGGCUUUUUGAUCGAUUUUUGGGGCGGGAAUGAGAUUUACGUCCGACGACAACCAAAUGCUGUUCUCGUUGAGUAUGUUUCGGUGUGUCAACACCCAGUUAUAAGUCGGAAAGACAGAAACGUCCCACAGAAAGGUUGGUUAAAAACUUUUAGAAGGGAGCCCAGAUGGGAAGACCUGUUCAGCACGUCCGCUGACAGUCCCCGAUGGUCUCGUUCAAGACAAAGAUAAGAUUGCUGCGCGAACACCAGCAGGCUUGAUACCUAUUUCGGUGUCAUUUGUCCCAUACGAAAAUUCAGCUGUGUCUAUUUGCGAGGCUUGUAAGCAUUGUGUCAACAGGCCUUAUUUCCAGGCUCUUCAGGCAAUGGGUGCGCAGCCCCACUGAACUUCCUUGACUAGCCAAACACUUGAACACAGGGAAUAUGGGGUCCGUAACAGUUGAUCUACUUGUGGAUUGUCCAACGCAUUCGCGGUUUAGGCAGCUUUCGACGAAGUCCCCGUGUCUUAUACGUCGAACCUUGAGUUUGAAGAACAGGCACUCACACAUCGUGCAGCGUUUAUGCCUUCAGACGUUGCUGCAUGCCAACCUGGCAAGGAAUUUAUCUGGAAAAGGAUUUACAGGUUGUAGUGUUGUUAUGGCACGACGAAUGUUGCCUGCCAUUCAGCAAGUCUUCACUCGUCGCAAUCAUAUAUGAUCUUGGGGCAUGACGUUGGGGUGCGUCGGAAGGUAGGUAACUGAAGACGCCUGUCUUUGAACCCAGGUGCUACCGGAAGCCAUCCCUCCAUCAGAGUGUCCGUACAACCACUAUAUACCGGGUCACAUCUUACCCGAGUUUCCGAUGACCCGAAUUCUGGCUGUAGUUUGCUGAGGAAUAAUGCCUCCGGGAGGAAUGUAACGACCGAUUGUUUUAAACGGACCUUUUUUACUUCCCGCCCUCCCUUUCAGAGUUGGGUCACGUGGAUUCAAGCUGACACCUGUCGACGCGCCAUCCGCUAAGUCCCGUUUUUCUUCUUAUCGUAUUCGUAACUCUGGACUGCCCUUCCGUUUUCCGUCCCGUUUAUUUAACAGUUAACCAACCUUUUUCCGUAUUUUGCAUUUUGUCGAUCCAUAGUAUUAAGCUGUAUUCCCAUAUUCGUUUGGUAACCCGUAUCUACUAUUUUUGUCCUUAUAACAGACCGCGUUAAUCUUAUUUUUCUAUCGUUCCGCUCACCUUUUAUCAAUAAACUUUUAUAUCCAGUUAAUAGUCGCCGUUAUGUCUACUGCGCCUCUUUCAUUUGUUAGUAUGUAUGAGGGAGUAAUUCAACUUUUAGAGGAGCUUUCCUUGACUACCGAUACGAAAGACCACAAACCACCCUAUUCAAUCUCAGGCCACUUUGAAUCUCCCAGAGCCCCUCCCUACUCGGCCGCUACAAUCGUGGCAGCUACUUCGCCCACGAACCCUUUCGUUGAUCCACCCUUUCCCCACCCUCCAACAGUAGCCGCUCCCACCGACCGUCUAUACACAUCAGCGCCUAGCCCCCUGUUAGCCCCAGACGCCUGCGAACCCGGGCACAACAUUCGCGAUUGACUGUGUGACUUGGAUGUUUUCCUGACUGACGUCCCACCCCACCAACAUACUUGCUUCUUACUACGGUUCCUUUCCCCUUCCGCCAGACGACGCGCUUUCGAUGCCGGCCUAACACCACCUACCCCGCUCCCCGUCGCUUGCCGUUGCGUCGCGCAACUGCUCGACACCCCUGACGCGCCUGGCAUCGCGGCAGAGCGAUUUGCCAAGUUACGCCAGGCCCCCCGGCAAUCUGUUGACGACUUUGCAACGGAACUCACCCGACUUGCCUCCGCGGCUUUCCCCAACUUACCACACCCCGAUCGGGACGACCUUAUCCUCCACCGUUUCAUUUCAGGCCUCUUGGAUCGCACGAUCACCGACUCCUUCUUCCUCCACCCCCCGCGUACUUUGAACAACGCCUUGCGGCAGUGCCGCCUGUAUCUUACAUAUCACCGAAUCCACCAACCCCCUCCGAGACCCGCGUUACCCCCAGCCCGACCGGAGCCCCAAGAACCAGAUAGACGGAACCCUUUGCCGGUCCGCUUCCCUGAUCACAACCCUGGCUGCCAGUACUGCGCGGCUUAUGGACCACGAGUUCGCCACUGUGCCCACAACCCACCUUGUGAGUCACCCCAUUGACGCUAUUUACUUUCAUGGUUUGUCUUAUGUCCCCGCUUUUACUGUGCAGGUACGUGUGGAUAGUCACCCUACUCGGACGUUAGUAGAUACGGGCGCAAAUGUGUCACUUGUCACCAUUCACAAGCUGCCCAAUCGCCUACUGCGUCACGUGGACCCACUUCCGGCCCCCGAUCCCUCCGCGCCGCCAACGGCACUGCGAUACCCGUCUCGGCCACUGUUUCGCUACAACUUAUGAUCGGAAACACACAGAUCUCCCAUAGGUUUCUAGUUACCCCUGAUGGUCCCUGGCCUCUCGUUCUCGGUCUUGAUUUCCUAGACGCCCACGAUUGCGUAGUCCAUGUUUGCGAACGACAACUCACACUCGGCCGGAACACCACCGCGCCCGCCCCUCCAGCCAUUAUAGACGACCUCGACAUUAUGUACAACUCAGUACUUUCCGCCGUAGCGCUAGAGCCCACCCCCUUAGAUAAAGUUCUUCCCGCCCCCUCCCUAAUCGGUCCGGUCGCGCACGAACAGCUUAAGACCCUCCUGAACUCCUUCCCAGACCUUUUCGCCUGGUCCACCGACAGCAUUGGGCGCACCCACUUGAUUCAGCACACGAUCGACACGGGAGACGCCAAACCCGUGUGGCAACCCCCGCGCCGCAUCCCAUUGCGCUACCGUGAAGAAGUUAACAAGUUGUUAGAUGAACUACUGCAGGCUAAAAUAAUCCAGCCUUCGUCGUCCCCAUGGGCUUCUCCCAUCGCCCUCGUCCCCAAGAAGGGUGGAUCCGUUCGGCUGUGUUGAUUACCGUCGCCUUAACGCAGUGACAGUUCGUGAUUCCUUUCCGCUCCCGCGGUUAGACGACACCCUAGACGCCUAAGGAAAUGCGGCAUGGUUCUCAACACUAGACCUCAAAUCCGGUUAUUGGCAGGUUGAGAUAAAAACCGCAUUCACGGUACCCCAAGGUCUGUAUGAGUUCCAGACCCUUCCGUUUGGCCUGUGCAAUGCAGCCGCCACAUUCCAACGUCUUAUGUAACGCGUCCUACAACCCCUCAUACCGCACAAGUGUCUCGUCUACCUCGAUGACAUUAUAGUGUUUGGGAGGUCUAUAGACGAACACAACCACAAUUUGCGCGCGGUAUUGGAAGCCCUCCGCUCCGCUGGUCUGACCCUUAACCCCACUAAGUGCCUUUUUUUACGCCGUGAGGUAAAUUUUUGGGUCACUUAAUCUCCCCCGGGCGCAUCUCUCCCCUCCCUGACCGCAUCCAAUGUAUCCGCACGUGGCCAACCCCCUCCAACCAAACGGAAUUACGCAGUUUCUUGGGGUUAGCGUCAUAUCACCGCCGUUUUAUCCGUGGUUUUGCUCAUAUUGCCAACCCCCUGCACAAACUCACGGAGAAAGGCAGACCCUUUGCACGUGCUUUCACCGACCUCCGCGCCGCCCUGUGCUCGGCUCCCCUACUUGCCCUCCCAAACGUUGACGAAGACGUACCCCCAUUCACAUUAGAAACCGAUGCCAGUGGGUACGCCAUCGGCGCCGUACUCUCCCAAGACGAUGCGAAUGGAGUAGAACACCCGAUCUGCUUCGCAAGCAAUACCCUCACUAAACCACAGAGGAAUUAUUGUACCUUCCGCCGCGAACUCCUGGCGAUCGUUGUGUUCCUACGUCAAUUCAAGCACCUGCUAGUCAGACGACGUUUCGUUCUCCGCACAGAUCACAGAGCCCUGCAGUGGCUGCGGACCUUCAAGGACCCCAUGGACCAGCUGGCAAGCUGGCAGGAGUUCCUGCAGGAUUUUGACUUUGAAUGCCAGUACCGCCCGGGCCACAAGCAUGGCAACGCAGAUGCCUUUUCCCGCUUUCCCCACGUCACUGACGCAGACCCCGAUGUACAGAGAGCCGGCGUUAACGCUAUUGUUGUGUCGGAGCCUACACGCCACGAAUGGGUAACAGCGCAAACAACGGACCCUGACACGGCCACUAUUUACCGCCAUAUGAGUCUAGGGCUGCCCAAACCUGCCGAGCGGGAAAUGAGAGGUGCCAGCCAGAACGCCCGCCUGCUGCUCAACCAAUGGCCCUACCUCACCAUAGAGAAUGACAUAUUGUUUCUCCGUGACCCCGCUUCCAACCGGCUACAACCCGUCGUUCCUGGAUGCUUGGUAGACUCCGUACUGACUGACCUCCACACACAGCUCGGGCACAGCGGCCAACGCCGCACAGAACUCGCUGCCCGCAGCCGUUCCUGGUGGCCUCAACUACGUUCGGCCGUACAACGCUUCUGUCAGUUCUGCGCCAGAUGCGCUACAUUAAAACCCCCAUCCCCCUCACCUCGUGCCGCGCUGCAACCUAUGACUACGGGCUUCCCAGGAGAGCGUGUCGGCCUGGACAUCGUAGGACCCUUUCCGAUAACGGUGCGCGGGUUUGAGUACGUAUUAGUCAUGGUGGACUAUUUCACCAAGUGA